AUGGCCAAAAAACCGAAGAAACACUCCUCCAAGCUCACGUCGCCAAAAUUCAACCUGGAUGACAUCGGCACAUUCACGAGGAGACUCCGUGACCGUCUCGACGAUCCGAACAUCACCGAGUACGCAGGAAUAGGUGAACAGGUCAAGGCUCUGGGCACGGUAAUGUCCAAGUGCUCCCAAGCCGACGCUCUUCUCUAUACUACAGAUAUGCUCAAGUGCUGUACUAUCGAGACGCUUAUCGAUCUUCUCAUGUCCGCGCACCCGAAGCAGGGGGAAAUCGACUACCAUUGGGUAAUAUAUGCCGUGGUUAUGACUUUGGUCACCUUGAAAGGCAUCUCGGAUCUCUGGUCCGAGAGACAUUGGGAAAUCAUUGACGGAGAAUCGUUCUACUUUAGUUUUGGAAUGCUUUGCCUCGAAAUGGCGAACUCGGCCUUGUUCAAUAAAUCUUCCAGCUUUAACAAGAGUCUCGAUGCAUACACGAUGAAGCUUUUGGCCUAUUACUGGAAGCGCGCAGAGAAUCCACAUCCGAUAGGCUGGCUGGAGAAGGCUAUUCAUAUAGCCACUAUUCAGGUUGUUCCAGCGACUACGGGGGAGGGCCCCAGAUUCGCCAAAAAGCAACAGUUCUUGGAGACUCUAUGGGAACAAUUUGCGGAUGAAAGCGACCCUCCAUCGGAACUGCUUAAGCUUCUCGUGAAGCGGCUGCGGUCGGACCCGAACGAUCGACAUGCGCCAACCACCGGUGGAUACAUCCUUGUUUGCCUCGCUCCACUUGAUUGCGAACCUGACAUGGAGCACCAAGAACGAUUUAUGGAGAAGCUAGUUCACUCAUCUCACUUCUGGGAUCGCUAUACGACGGCCAUGAUUCGUGAAUUCCACGCUGACAAGAAUAUCGCAGGGGUUCAGCUAACUCCCAUUGCCUAUCUUCUUCGUGCCGUGAAUGAGAUACAAUCACUCCAACAACCCCUUGUCCUCAACCUCGUGGAGUCCUCCUUUUUUGAUUAUCUGGACGAGAUUGCCGGCCAAGAUUUGAACCGAAAUGGAGAGGGCUGGAAAUGUCUGCAUGACAUUUUGUUUUUCAUUCUCUCUGCUCUUGAGCACGCGGACGCGAAAUUGCUCGAGGGUGUCGCUGGCGAAAUGCCACGAACUCGUCUACUCCAUUUCUUUGCCGCUUCCGCAGACUAUGAUCCACGCCGCAGGGUUGAUCGCACAGAACUUUGGCAUCUGUGGCAGUUCCAAUGCUGGGUACCGCUGCUCAAGAUAUACGCUUUGGUUAUGACUCCGGAUCAAUGUUACCGACGUGGGUGCAAGAAUGAAGGUAUCCUUAGAUGCACGCGUUGCAAGACGAAAUACUGCUCGCGCGAGUGUCAGGUUGAUGAUUGGUCCGAGCACAAGUUGAUUUGCGAGCACGUGCCAAAGAUUCAAAAGAUGGAGGAAUCUCUCGAAUUAUAUUCCUCGCUCGGACACUCACCACAUCACGCCCUUUUGGCUCUCUUGUCUCCGCUUUUCAAGUUUGUACCCAAAGAGGCAGAUUUCUUGUAG